AUGGAGGAAAGGGCGAGAUCAUCUCUGACUAAUGGAGCAAUCUUAUUAGAGGAUCUAAUUGCUUCUACUAAUGGGAAAUGUAAUCCCAUUCGCCAUUUCUAUGCGGACGAGCUCAUAAUAGCAACAAACAACUUCGAUCAACAUCGCAUUAUACAAGAUUUUCCAUACCAUCACGGAUGUGUUGAUGAGCUUGAUGAUUAUCCUGCAGUGAUCCGUCAUGUUAUGUAUAAGGGUUCUUUCCAUGAUCGCCCAAUUAUAGUAAAGAAGUUCACGGGUAUUUUACGGGAGGAUGAAAUUAGGUCACAUGCUAUUCGUGACAUUGUCAUUACAACCCAGAUGAGCAACCACAAGAAUGUUUUGAAACUCACAGGCUGCUGUUUGGAGUUCCCUAUACCGGCUCUUGUGCAUGAAUACGCAGCAAAUGGAGCUCUUAAUGAUCAAGGAGGUUUCGGAGCUGAUGAAGAAUUCCUACCUUGGAAGAUUAGGCUGCGGAUUUCUAAGGAGCUUGCACAUGCACUUACAUAUCUCCACACCGCUCUUCUCAGGAUAUAA